CAACACUGUACAAACAUGUCCGACAGAUAUUACAUAUUAGUAAUAUCGUUAGGGCAGUCGACCUCUAGAAGGUUUUCUCAAGUCGAAAUAAUUAAUUAGGCAAUUUUUUUUACUUGAAUUAUAACCUCUGGAAAAUAGUGCAAGACAAAGAAAGGAAAAAAGAAUUUUAUUUACACUUGAAACCCGGAAUAGCGAUACACACAAAAGACCAAAGAGAUUGAGAAACGUCCUUGGCCAUUCGCGUUUGACGGCCUUUUUUUUCUCUCUCUUUCAAUUGCAGCUCUCGGGGAUUUUACACCACAGACAAGAGAAUCGUUCUCUUCUAUAUUCCUUUCCAAUUUUCCAACCAAAUCAGUUGUUCUUCAGCUGAUGAGAUCCAAUUGCAGUGUCUUAGUGGAACAGAUUUGCUGGUGUACUAACAUACACCAAGUGCUUAUCAACGUUCAUUGUUUCGUAAAAGCAGGUUCGUCACAAACAUAUUCGUCAUAAAACGUCGAGAAUAGACUUUGAGACUUGACUGCACUAAAUUUCACAACCUUCAGUUGCUCUUGCUCUUAGUUUUUUUAAUUAAAUCAAAUUAGUAAUGACAAGAAAUCAAAAUUGCCUAGAGAUACAUCAUGGAUUCUGAUGAGGAAAUAAUGUACGAUGAUUAUGAUGAUUCUGGUAACGAGUCCAGUGGCGAUGAUGAUGUUGAGUUUGCAAUGGUAGAAGAACCCAAUAAUCCCAAAGACAGGCAAGAACUCGAUGAAUAUCCAUACGAAGUUCUGACCACUGAACAAAUUCUUCAGCACAUGAAUGAGUGUAUGAAAGAAGUUAACAUAGUUGUUGAGAUGCCCUCCACUGUGAUUCGAAUGUUGCUUAACCAUUUUCGUUGGGAUAAAGAGAAACUAAUGGAGAGAUACUAUGAUGGCGAUCCAGAAAAACUUUUCACAGAAGCUCACGUUGCAAGUCCAUUUGCCAAAGCUGCAGUUCCAGCUAAAGUUGCCAAGAAAGAUCAGCGCCGUGCAGGUCCAAGUGUCGAAGAGUGUGAGAUUUGUUUAUCAACCUUACCUUCGUCUGUGAUGUCUGGAUUGGAGUGUGGGCACCGGUUUUGCGUCUCGUGCUGGGCCGAAUAUCUCACCACUAAGAUCAUGUCAGAAGGUAUCGGCCAAACCAUAUCUUGUGCCGCUCACAAUUGUGAAAUUCUUAUUGAUGAUGCCACUGUCAUGAAACUCGUACCUGACGCCAAAGUACGACUCAAGUAUCAACAUCUCAUCACCAAUAGCUUUGUGGAGUGUAAUCGAUUAUUAAGGUGGUGCCCAAGUCCGGAUUGUAGCAGUGUUCUUCGAGUUCAGCACGUCGAAUCACGUCCAGUUACUUGUCGUUGCGGACAUACGUUCUGUUUUGCAUGUGGUAACAAUUGGCACGAGCCAGUUCGCUGCACACUUCUCCGGAAGUGGAUAAAAAAGUGUGACGAUGACUCUGAAACUUCCAAUUGGAUUGCAGCUAACACCAAGGAAUGCCCUAAAUGCAAAGCUACGAUUGAAAAAGAUGGAGGAUGCAAUCACAUGGUUUGCAAAAACUCUCAUUGUAAAACCGAAUUUUGCUGGGUUUGUCUCGGACCAUGGGAGCCUCAUGGAACAUCUUGGUACAAUUGCAAUCGUUACGACGAAGACGAGGCCCGAGCAGCUAGAGAUGCCCAAGAGCGCUCAAGGGCGGCGCUGCAGCGUUACCUCUUUUACUGCAAUCGCUACAUGAAUCACAUGCAGUCGCUUCGUCUGGAGCACAAGCAUUACGCCACCGUUAAGGAGAAGAUGGAGGAAAUGCAGCAGCACAACAUGUCAUGGAUUGAGGUGCAAUUCUUGAAAAAGGCCGUUGACAUUCUGUGCCAAUGCCGACAGACUUUGAUGUACACCUACGUGUUCGCCUACUAUCUAAAGAAAAAUAAUCAGUCAGUCAUUUUUGAGGACAAUCAGAGAGAUUUGGAAACGGCAACUGAGAAGCUUUCUGAAUAUCUUGAACGCGACAUCACGCAAGAGAACCUCGUCGAUAUCAAACAGAAGGUCCAAGAUAAAUACAGAUACUGUGACAGCCGGAGAAGAGUAUUGGCUGAACACGUUUACGAGGGUUAUGACAAGGAGUGGUGGGAGUACAAUGACUAAUGCUGCAAAACGAACGAAAGGAGUGCGCCAACCCUUGUUGUGUCAAAAUUUCGGAACGCAACAAAAAGUCGGAAGAGGCACGAGCGAGUUCAUUUAGUCUCCUUUAGAAGAAGGAAAGAAUCAAGGUUGGAACGACAACUGCGUCAGCUUUCGUUCGUCUAGUUUGAAUACUUUGAAUUAACGCUCCUGUCUCGAAAAUUAUUUCAAAAUUUUUUUUUCUAUCUCUCUUUGUAUGUGCGGAAUGCUCGUUUUGCACUCUGCUAUACAUUAAACAAUCGUUUAUCCCUCCCAAAUCUUUUUCGCCCUUUUUUGUUGUAUUGCUUUCAAUCCAUUAUUGUACAUGUACCCUUUUGCGGCGAAAUGGAUACAUUUAUAUCCGCGACUUUGCGGAACGAUA